GGACGCAGGAAGUGCAAUGUACCCACUGAUGAUGAUGAUGAUGAUGGGUGAUGAGUCUUGCAUAAGAGAGGGAUCACAUGCACAAAUGCACAUGCAUUCUCCUCGUUCAGAGCGCUCUCUCUGCACACUGCAGUCUGCAGCACAAUAAUUGCUUGUCGCACAAGCCACUAGUUACUUCUCUCACCCCCGCAACGGCCACCAUCUUCCUUUCAACUCUUCCGUUUUCUAUAAUGGUUCUUCUUCCCAAUCCUAACCCAAAAAAUGACGAGCCAGAACCUAGUGAUGGCUCUAUCGAAACGCAGCGUUUCAAUGAAGACUUGGACUCAACAUGUUCGACGCCCUACGUUAGCGCUCCUUCAAGUCCGGGCCAUGGAACCGUCACAAGUGGCUACUUCUUCAGUGCGCCGGCCAGUCCAAUGCAUUUUGUGCUAUCUUCGGUUUCUUCAGCUUCGCGUCAUUCCGCUGAGUCAUCCAUCUUGUCGACUCAGUCUGACUUCGAGUUUGAGUUCUCUUCUCGGUUCUCGAGCAAUGGUUUUUUAGCCGCAGGAUCAAUGAGCUCGGCUGAUGAGCUGUUUUUGAAUGGUCAGAUUAGGCCCAUGAGGCUUUCGUCUCACUUGCAGAGACCUCAGAUCUUGGUUCCUCUUAUAGAUCUGGACGUUGAAGAGGAUGAAAUGGGUGAUCAUAAAGACGUGGAAGAGUCGGUGAAAAGAGGGAGAGAUCUUAAGCUUCGUUCUAGAUCUCUCCACAGAAAAGCCAGAUCUCUGUCGCCGUUAAGAAAUCAAGAGUUUCAGUGGCACGAAGAGGAUAUUAACGUUGAGAGAGAUAUUAGUGAAAAUGUUGAAGAGUUGCAAGAGUAUGUGGAGAGAAAAGAGAGCGAAGCUGUAUCAAAUGAAACGACACCAUCAUGUUCUGCUUCUUCCUCCAGGUCUUCGUCUUCUGGUAGGAACUCGAAGAAAUGGAUAUUUUUAAAAGACCUUUUGUACAGAAGCAAAAGUGAAGGAAGAGGAAAUGGAAAGGAGAAGUUCUGGUCUUCAAUUUCUUUCUCUCCCAAAGAUAGGAAACGCACUUCUUCUGAUUUAACUCUAUCUAAAGAAGAGAACCCUCCUCCUCAUCCUCCUGUUGAAGUGCAGGACGAUCAGAAGCAAAAGCAGAAGCAGAAGCAGAAGCAGAAGCGAAACGAGCAAGGCUCGACUAGGAAAACGGUUAAAGGGAAAUCGGCUAACGGUGUAGCCAAACGCAGAGUCCCGCUGUCAGCGCACGAGUUACAUUACACGGCGAAUAGAGCUCAAGCUGAGGAGUUGAAGAAGAGGACUUACUUGCCGUACAGGCAAGGUCUGUUUGGUUGCUUGGGGUUUAGUUCCAAAGGAUACGGUGCGCUCAAUGGAUUGGCCAAGACACUGAACCCGGUCUCGUCGAGGUAGUCAUGUCACCCGAUGAACUUCUUAAUUGUUUGUACAUAUGCUUCGCUUAUCGUAUUAUUAAAUAAUUAUUAUGAUGUAAUAUAUUUGUAUCGGCUGUAUUACUUUUUAGAAUUCUUAACGUUUUUAUCCAGGGGAGAAGUUAUGUUUGGAAUCAUCGUGUUGUGAUUUUGCUUCUUAAGCUGAUGGAAUAUUGAAGUACUUGAUAUUAAUGCCCUUUACCUUUAGGGUUGGUUUGGUGAA